GUGCCCUGGUAGACUAUAGGAAGUCCAUGCCUUGUCUGCAAAGUGUGUUUUCCUUGCUUUGACGAAUUAAAGAUCAGAGGAAAGGAGGCAUAGAGGAGUUUGUAUGGGAAUUGCCUGGUAUAGCAAUGGAGGACUUAAAGACUGCUGCUUAUAAUAUACUAACAAUAUGGCUUACACUGGUUGUUGUUCUCAUCUUGUUGCCGUCAAUGUUUGGCGUCUCCCUGGGGAUCUCUGAAGUGUAUAUGAAGAUCCUAGUGAAAGUUUUAGAGUGGGCCACUUUAAGGAUUCAGAAAGGAUUUAAAGAUAAGGAGAAACUCCAUGUCUCUGCAUCCAAUGGUAUUAUACAGAGAGAUCAGUCCCCAAUGGAGACAGAGAUUGGAGGCUUGAGAAAAAGUAGGAGUCAGGACAUACAGCAAGGAGACUUUGAACUUGGGGAUGUCUUCUAUUUUGCAAAGAAGGGAUUUGAAGCUAUUGUUGAAGAUGAGGUCACUCACAGGUUUUCCUCAGAAGAACUCAUCUCUUGGAACCUUCUUACUAGGACCAACAACAACUUUCACUAUGUCAGUCUCCGAGUCACACUCAUCUGGGUGCUGGGAUUAUUUGUGCGCUACUGUAUUCUUCUGCCUUUACGUGUUACCCUUGCAACAAUUGGGAUCAGCUGGCUAGUAAUAGGAGCAACACUUGUUGGACAACUACCAAAUAGCAGGAUGAAAAAUUGGUUCAGUGAACUGGUUCACCUGAUGUGUUGUCGGAUAUGUGCCCGAGCUCUCUCCAGUGCAAUUCAGUACCACAACAAAGAAAACAAGCCUAAAAAAGGAGGAAUUUGUGUUGCCAACCACACCUCUCCUAUAGAUAUCAUUAUCUUGGCUAAUGAUGGCUGCUAUGCCAUGGUUGGACAAGUUCAUGGGGGCCUGAUGGGAAUUAUUCAGAGAGCUAUGGCAAGAGCUUGUCCUCAUGUAUGGUUUGAACGAUCUGAAAUGCGAGACCGCCAUCUUGUGACAGAAAGGCUUAGAGAACAUGUAUCUGACAUAUCAAAACUGCCAAUUCUUAUUUUCCCUGAAGGAACCUGCAUCAAUAAUACAUCUGUAAUGAUGUUUAAAAAGGGAAGUUUUGAGAUUGGAGGAACCAUUUACCCAGUUGCAAUAAAGUAUGACCCCCAGUUUGGUGAUGCUUUCUGGAACAGCAGUAAAAAUAGCAUGGUGAGCUAUCUUCUGAGAAUGAUGACAAGCUGGGCCCUUAAGUGCAAUGUAUGGUACCUUCCUCCAGUGAAUAAACAGGAGGGUGAAGAUGCUGUUCAGUUUGCCAAUAGAGUGAAAUCUGCUAUUGCCAAACAAGGAGGACUUGUUGAGCUCUCAUGGGAUGGAGGACUGAAAAGAGGCAAAGUUAAAGACUCAUUUAAAGAAGAGCAACAGAAAAAUUACAGCAGGAUUAUUGUAGGGGAAAAUAAGUCUUUAAAACCAACAACCCACUGAUAAUCUUUUUGGUGUUCUUUUUUGGACUCUUAAAAUACCUCUGAUUUUGCCAGAAUAGCUUUCACUGAGGCACAAAGAAUACUUUUGUAUUGUAUUUACUUUUUUUUACAGCUUGAACCACCAUCUUGGAUGCUGCAUAAUUGGAUUUACCCUAUGUUGGAUGAAUAUGAAACUUUUA